CUUGAGAGAUAUAUGAAUUGGCGAAACUCGGAAGUCUUAAGUAAAAUUGCUUACCUUCUCUAUAAGACUACGCGGCUUAGAAGCUCUUUCUAAUAAGAGGGCCGAGCCAGAAAUACACAAACCGCCAUCCAUCUCUUAUUUCUGCGGCUAAGUUAGUGGCGUCAUCUUGCCUAAUGUUGCCAAAUCCAGUUGUUAAUUUUUCUUCCCUUUCUUCUUUUGUACCUUUCUUCUUCCUCCUUAAUAUUUCCCCUCUAUCUUCCUUAAUUCCUCAACUUCCACCCUCUCUCUUAGCUUCUUGUUCCAUUUUUUAUUUAUUAAGUGAGUUGGUACCAAUUGAUAAAUAAAUUUCUUGAGAGAGACAUCAUGGGACUUGUCAAUUCAUAGUACUACAACUUUAUUCUAUAUUUAGCAUCCUUAUAACGAAAAAGGUGGUCUGUGGUGAAGGGAGAAUACUAGUUAAGUGAUGGGGAGAGUUAAGCUUCAAAUCAAGAAAAUAGAGAAUACAACAAAUAGGCAAGUCACUUUCUCCAAGAGAAGGAAUGGUCUUAUAAAGAAAGCAUAUGAACUUUCUGUCCUUUGUGAUGUUGAUGUUGCCCUCAUCAUGUUCUCUCCUUCUGGUCGAGUUAGUACUUUCUCUGGAAAUAAAAGCAUUGAAGAUAUUAUGGCACGUUAUGUGAAUCUCCCGGAGCAUGAUCGAGGACGGCUACAUAACCAAGAGCAUCUCCAAAGGGCUAUUGCUAAGCUAAAAUGUGAAACAGAACGAACUUAUCAAGCUCCCAGCAGCCCAGCAAGCGUUGAUUCUCAAAUAGAGGAAUUUCAACAAGAAAUUAUUAGAUACAAGACUCAACAGGAAGACCUGGAAAGGCGACUUAGAAUGUAUGAAGGCGAUUUUUGUGAAAUUACCACAGUAUGUGAGGCACAAUAUAGAGAAGAAAUACUCCAAGAGACACUGAAGCAAGUCCAAGCUCGAAAAUUCUACUUUUCACAGCAAGUAUUGGAGGAAAAUUAUAACUCUCCCCAAGCACAAACCACUACACAGUCACAGAUGGAUUUUCCAGCACAGAAUGUGAACAUGGUGAAUAAUGUGGCAACAAGUGAUUCAAUUGCAAAUACUGCUAGUACAUUCAUGGAUUGGGUUUCACACUCACAGAGAGAUCCUCAUGUCCAAAUUCUCAAUUUUCUUGGUUCCAAUGGGCUUCUUCCCUUCAGAGAUGAAGCUGAUCAACACAUGGACAACAUGUUACCACCAUCUUUAAAUCAACUUCACACUCCCAAUGUUCCUGCAGUGACAAAUCAUCUGAGUCCAAAUAGUCAAUUUGAUCAAAAUGAUCCCCCACGUCCAACAUCGUUUGAUGGCAUCAUUGAUGUCAAUAAUGCCCCGUGGCCACCGUUAUAUCCAACAGGUGAAGAUCCAUUUCCAGUGUCACAACCCAGAGAACGAGCACUCCUUGAACUCUUCUUGUCUCAACUCACUCCGGUUAACCAAGAUCACCUAUGAGGAUCAUAUUAUUGUUGUGCUAUACUUAGAUUUUGUUCUUUUCAUUUUGUUCUCUCUGUUUUGGAUAUCCCUUAUAUUUCAAAAUACUAGAUUAGAGAGUUU